AAUGUUAUUCAAUUAGUGUUCAAGUUCAGCGGCGAGCUUCUCCAGCGAGAGCCGUCCUCGUGAUAAAGUGAUAAAAAAAAGCAAAAUUUCAUCCCAAACCGUCUUGCUUUCUCAAGUUUUCUGUCACACUCUCUGAAUUUCCGCCCGUGAUUCUCCGGGUUUGUUUUUUCGCCGUUUUACGCACUGUUGAUCAGUCGAUUUUCGUCCGCGAGUGUUGUGUUUCGUGCUGAAUCGGCCCGAGUGUUCGGUAGUCAUACUGAUUUUUCUUCACUGCCGAGUUUUAAGCUUUGACAAGUUCGAUUUCAAUAAUUUCUUGUGAUACGCUGCACUUUUUUACUAUAGUUUCCGCGUUUUGAAACGUGAGCGGUGUUCUUAUCACUUGGAGUUACCUUCCGUGUGGAUUCUGUGAAAUACUGUAGAUUACUGUCGAUAAGUCAGUAUUACUGUUUAAAAACGAUCGCAGUAAACUAUCUCCCAUGUGGAGCUUUUGAAAACAGCCGCACAUGUGCCGUGCUUUUUUUUCGUUAAGAAAAAAACAACCUACCGUCGCGCGCCGACGGAUAAUGCGCCAGUGGUUAUUUUCUCACCUGCGACAUUAAGGAUAAAUAUUCAAGCUGAAGUCGAAAAUCAAAUUACCCACCAUGAAGUUGACAACGGUUCCUGAGACGAUACUACGUCCUCAUAGAAAGUUCAUGAAAGGAGUGCCCAGUAAAAGGCUCGCCCUCAGUCAACACAGGUUGAUCGCAGCCAAAAAAGAAGAUUCUUGCAUGAAUGUAGACAUCUGUGACAAUUCAAAUGAUUCAGGUCUCGGUUUCGAUCACCAUACAGAUUACAAGUACACCAAACACCCUGCAUACUCGUAUGACCAAGAGCAGAGCUAUUGGGCAGAGGAUACUUAUAAUAAAGUGAAAAAGAAAAAGUAUGAUGUGAAAUUGGAAUCAGACGACGCCACAGACAAUUUUACCUUCCCCAUCUCCUCACUCAACAAUUCAGGCAUCACUCCUGUCAAUGUUGUCAGACCUGUGAAGUUAUCUUCCUUACGUGGAAAUUCUGGUCCAGUCACACUCACAUCUCAGCUGAGCGCUACAAGUAGAGAUGGAAGUGUAUCUUUGCAAAUUUUGAGUCAACCAGAGCAGCAACACCGUGCUCGCUAUCAAACUGAAGGAAGCAGAGGAGCUGUCAAAGACAGGACUGGAAAUGGUUUCCCUGUUGUAAAGCUCUCCGGCUAUAAUAAACCAACAACGCUCCAAGUGUUCAUCGGAACAGAUCAAGGUCGAGUCAUGCCUCACAUGUUCUACCAAGCAUGUCGGGUGCAAGGUAAAAAUUCUACUCCAUGCAUCGAGAAAAAAGUUGAUGGUACAAUACUCAUAGAAUUAGAUGUUGAUCCUGCCAAUAAUAUGAAUGUUACAUGUGACUGUGUUGGUAUUUUGAAAGAAAGGAAUGUUGAUGUUGAGCACAGGUUUCCGGGUGAAAGUCCAACAAGAAGUAAAAAGAAAUCAACCCGCUGUCGAAUGGUCUUUCGAACAUCCAUCCUGCACCCUGAUGGAACAUCGGAAGUACUUCAAGUUGCAUCUCAACCUAUUGCCUGCACUCAACUUCCUGGUGUACCUGAAAUUUGCAAAAAGUCCCUGACUGCUUGUCCAGCUACUGGGGGUUUGGAAUUGUUUAUCUUAGGAAAAAAUUUCCUAAAAGAUACCAAAGUGGUUUUCCAGCAAACUGAAGGAGACACCACUGUUUGGGAACAGUCUGUUGUUCCAGACAAAGAGUUCUUACAACAAUCGCAUCUUGUUUGUAUGGUUCCUCCCUACAAAGUAACAGACAUCCUAGAGCCUGUCUCAGUGUUUCUGAGUGUGGUAUCCAGUGGCAGAGUGAGUGAACCUCACUCAUUUCUCUACACUCCGGAUGGUUCAAGUUCUCAGUCUCCAGUACCUGAGCCAGAGUCGAAACCAUCAUCAUCUUCACUAAUGAACUUGGGAGAAAUGUCUUCAUCCAAGUACCGUUCUGAUGAUUUAUUGACUCUAUCAUCUCAGCCUUCACUGGCCCCUGAGUUGCCUGUUGCAGGCUAUAUAACUCCAAGAAAUUCUCCAAGCGAUGUUCAUCCUGUCAUGAUGUGGCAAAGCCCAGACAGUGGCUUAGGAGACAGCCAUCAAAAACGACAGCUCAGAGGAAAGACAAUGCUUUUACCUCCACCUGCUUUAAUCCCUCUCGGAGGCCGGCGGAACUCUGUUCCCAUGAUAGUGCCGGAUGUGCUCUCACCACCCAAUUUGAAAACAGAAUUGGAAACCCCUCCUCAAAUCAUUUCUCCUGAACCUAAACCCAUUGUUGGGGUGCAAGAGUUGAGCCCGGCUGUACCGCCUGUACCUUCUCUCUCACAGUCGCAGCCAACAUGUCUGCCGCUAUUGUCAACAACGGAGGCACCAAAUAUGACAACUUUGAACACAUUAGUUUCUGAGCAAGCCAGUGCCCCCUUGCCAACACAGAGUGCUCAGAGUGUUGAAAAAUACCUCUCGCGUCUUGAAAACUCGCCGCCUGGCGUGAAUGGGCAUCCUUUUCAACAACCUAAAGCCAGUUCGAACUUCAUGAACUACCAAAUGCCCCCCACGGCUGUAGAUAACAGCAGUUUUACCAGUUCGAACACGCAUGUCUCGAAUGCUGAUUGCAAAAGCACAGUUCAGUUCUCAAGUACAAAUGUGCCAAUAACAAGCACGAAUGUCUUACAGCAAGUAUUCACAGAUUCCAAUCGAUCAGGGGUCAUUGUCCACCCGAUGCUCAUGCCUCCAGAGACAAUACCCAGUGCUGUUCUGAAUGUACCAACAACAGUGAUUGAGAGCCAAAUGAAAACCCCUUUAAUACCUGAAGCUUCUCCUGUUGCGAUGGAUACCUCUGUUUCUGUAAAUUCAACAGUUACAGCGAGUGCAACGGAGAAUCUUGAUGCCUUUGUCAACUCGACUGCUGAAUGUCAUAUUGGGGCAGGAAAUGCGCUAUGCAAUACUCAACCAAUGGAGAGCUCUGUCCUACCAGGACCAAGUCCUACAACCACCAUGUCCAUGUCUUUAUUAAACACUCCUGUUGGCACUGCGGCAGCGAGCACAAUGGUUGCCAGCCUCCAGAGCACCACUUUAUACCCACCAGUUGUCGAGAAAAAACCAGAAGUGGAAAUUCCACAAGAUUUGAAAAACAUGUCUGAUAAUGAUCUCCUCAAGUUCAUCAACCCAAGUUGUUUUGAUCAAGCUUUAAAGUAGAUAGAUUUUUGGGUCGUGUGAAAGUACCAUCAUGUGGCAUGUUGCUAGUUGUGUCUUGCGCUGUUAAAACAGCCUGUUUGUCUCUGUUUCAGUCUCAUGAAUUAUGGUGCUGCUCUAUAAGUAAUUAUAAUUUCAGUUUGUACCUUUGUAAUUCUUUGUUAUUAUUUAGUCUCUUUUUAACCAUCAACUAAGUGUGUAUUUAUCCUCUCAUUUGUAAUUCUUAAUAAAACGCUGACCAUAUAUUUAUAAUUGAAGAGUGAUCAUUUGAUGUGUUGCCUUUAUUCAUUAGUAUUUGGCACUGUGUUUAUGUAUUGCGAAAUGAUACUUAGCCCUCUCAAAUUUGCAAUCGCACAGUGAAAGUUUCUGGAAAAAUUUGGAAAAUUAUUUGAUCAUUGUACAUAGAGAUUACAAAUGCACACCUCAUAUGUUCGCUCGUCAGUUGAAAUAUGUCAUGAUCGUGUAGACUUUGAAAGUCUUUGCUGUUCAUAAUUGCUAAAAAUCUCCCUGUUUUAAUCAGGCUAACCUGGCUUUAAAUGUCAUUCAAUUACAAUAUUAUUUAUUUAUUAGAUUGCUCAUACUAUACAUAAUGAAUUAUUUUAUUCUUAAUCUUUGUAUUAUUUUUAUAGUAAAACUUCGUUUAAACAAAUGAUGACCAAGUAUUGGUAUUCUCUGAAUUCGUAAUUUUUCUCUGCUAGAGGAAAACUCUAUUUUUCCAAUGUUAGUGAAAUUAUGAGCAAUGAAUACCACUUUAAUAAUCAAAAUUUUUGGUCCAAGAACUUCACUAAGUACAUUGAACUUUCUUUAACCAUCGCACCAAAAAUUCUCUCUUGCAGCAUAAGUGAAAGAACGUGCUUGUUUUUGAUGAGUUGAGGUACCAGACCAGAAGUAUUUCUGGAUGUAAAGGAGAAUUAUGUUUCAAAACAGACAAAUUCUUCCUCAGGGAUUGAGAUGAUUUGGAGGCAGGUAACUAGAAUCAGUCAGUGCAUAAUCUAAAUACCCUUAGAUCUAUUGGUUGGACGAGUCAGUUUCUAAUGCUUAUUGCAACAUUACAACUGUUGCUUGGCAGCUCUGUUGUCUGAGAAAAGUUUUAAAAAACUUUGAUCCAUUAAUUAUACUUUUUCAUCCCUUUUUAAACUUCGUUCCAAUUCUGUUGGUAACUAUUUUGUAAUAUAUGAAAAGUAAAGUUUAAGUAGGUGCCAAAUUCAAGAAAAUUGACAGUUAGUCAUUUUUAUAGGCCAAUAAUUUGAUUUCCUAUGAGAUGAAGGUUUGAGAUACUUUCAAUCAACAUUUUUUUUUCUCCCAAGAGAGUCAAAACGAAGUUUUACUGUGUGUUUGGGAAGACCUUUUUCUUUAGAUCUAAAGUGCUUUUCUACAAGCUGAGCGCUUGUUUGCAAACAGCUCAUCAGGAGAAACAGAAAAGAAAAUUUACUUUGAUAAUUCUAUUAUUUCACCAAUUGUGUACCCACCAUUUUUGAAGCAUACUAGAUUUCUCAUUUACCAAGAGUAGUACAAAUUGUCUAUCCCUUUACUAACUCCUUUCACCAAUUGGGGAACGAGGCAUAGCCAUAAAUCGAUAGGCUCCAAUGGAAGAAACCAUACCUUAUCAGUCAGUGCCAGACUUUUUUUUCCAUUAGAUUAUUUUCUUGUAAUUUGAGCAAUGCUAUAUUUUGGAAAUUACAGAUUUUAUUUUAUUUUAUUUUUUUACCCUGAGGAUUUUUUUUUUGGUACAUCGAAAACAAAAUCUAUCCCCUAUUCAUUGUAAAGGAACUGUGCGACUUCUGAUGCGGAAUGGUUUUUCUCUUGUUAAAUUCAAUCAAUGUAACUAGCAACAUCGACAUAAUUUAGGUUAUUUCAGAUAAAAUAGUAAGUCAUUGCCAAAUAAUACACACCUAAGCUGAGGCAAAUAUAUCAAAUUAAAGUCUCUCUUCAUCAUUACUACGAGUAUACUUCAUCGAAAAUAUCAAUCGUCAACUCAAAUCUGCACCUCGAAGGGUUUACUAAUAAUCGACAUACUGUCAAACAGUGUGAUUUAAAAGAAACUUAAUUCUUUCAAGUUGUUUCCUGUUGGAACAUUAUGUACAUAUUAUGAAAGCUUUUUUAUUAAGCUCUAACAUGUUUUCCAGGUUUAAGAUAAAUAUUCCCUUGAAGCUUUUUAUUCCGAGCAUCCUUGCGAAAUCAUUAGGACAAUGUGAGAGAAUUGAUGUUGAAAGUCAAUUUUAAAGUGGAACAGUGGAGAGUCCGAAGGUUUGCUCAAAGCAUCUGCCAGGGAUUGUUACCUCCCACAGUGACUUGUAAUCUGCAUAUGCACCGACUCUGCGUUUAUACCUUUUGUCACCAUGGGCUAUCAAUUAGGCAUUAAAUAGUCCAUCAAGAGUCUCAUUAAUUGUGUAUAAGUUGGAGCAGAGAUGUCACUAUCUCCGUCACUUCAUAUAUUCUUGUGUGGCUCGCAAAUAGUGAAUACUGUCCAGAAACUGUAAUCGUAAUUGCUAGUCAAAGUCACUUAAUUUUACGUAAUACGCGUGAGAAUCCUUGUGACUUUUUUCAUUGCAGCUAGCAUUAGUGAUGAAAACUCUCAAAUUUCUUUUUUGGUGCUCUUACGUUUUGUUUAAAUAUUUUAUCCACUGUUGCUUUUUUUGAAUGUAUGAUAAACACAUAAUUUAGUUUGAUGAAUCUGUAUUUAACAAUGUCUUUGCUUCAAUUAUCUCCUCAGACACUAUAUCUCAGUUUGUAAAUGUUCCCCUCACCAUAUUUCCAGUUAAUAUUUUGACCAAUGUCAUGCCUUUGAACAGUAAAACAGAUGCUCUUAUCUGUGAUAUAUCCUAUCACCCCUUAUACGAUUUAUGAUUUCUCCUGUUCUAGCAUCAUAGCUUGUAGUGGUAGUUCUAUUACUUCAUUGUAGUUACUUAAAUUUUAAACCAUGUAAAAUAAAUUUAAGCACUAUGUCUACAAUUUUUUUUUUUUUUUUUGUGAAUUUCAACACAUUUGUUUUGUUCUCUCAUCAAAACUGUUUUAGUUUAAUUUUUAGUUUGUUUUGUUUUUAUUUAUUGACCUUACUUGUUUUGUUUAAGAUUUAUUUUUAUACCUGUACGGUGUACACUUGAAUGUAUAUAAAACCAUUUAAAUUUAAAUCAAAGGUUUUCAAGGUUUAUUUACUUUUUGGUAGUUCUUCUUUUGCUGGAAUUCAUCUAAGUUAUUUUCCCUGCCAAUAUUUUUUACGCUGAAAAUCCUACUAAUUUCUGUCUGAAGGUGUUGGAAAAUAAAAGGAAAAGGACAACUUUAGUUUCUAUUUCGGGGGGUACAUUAGUAUACAAAUUUUUCAUCAUUCGUAGGACAUUUGCUAACAAGUUUGAUUUGCAAUGUCAAAGAAAUUUUUCUUAUAAUAAGACUUUCCAAUUCACAUGAAGUCGGAAUUAGAUUUCAGUUAGACUCAAUUAUCUUGUUUCAAAUGAGCAUACCUCUGUGUGUAUGGUUUGUCUAUUGCGUUAAACUUUCAUAAGUUUAUUUGAAACCCUAUCGUAAUAUCCCCCCUCCUCCCUCUUUUUUUUAAUUAACCCUCUUCACCAAAAAUUUUAUCUCAAAACUUAAAGACAUAAUAAAAAAUGUUGAUUUUCAAAGCUAAUAAUGGAAAAUUUGAAAUCAUUUGAACGCAUUUAAGAUGUGUUACCACUGUAGUACUUUGUUCUUCAAUCUUUUUUUUUCAUCAAGACACUUGAAGCAAUAAUAUUUUCAACCGGAUCUUGAUCUGUUUCAAUAAAAAGCUAGAUAUUUAAAGUUUAAAGAAAUUCAUGUUGCAUAAUAUUUGGAGGUUUUGUCACAUAGCAAUCUUUUAGAGCAUGAUUUUACCCCCUUUGUUUCUCUUUUAAUUAAUUAAAUUGUAUAAAGGAUAUAGAGCUUGUCAUAGUCCUUACUUGCGUAUUUUCUCAAUUAAUUUAUUUAUAUAUUUUUUUCUUUGGGGAGAUCGAUUUUAAGAUCCGAAGAUGCUGUGUUUGUUAAGGUCAGUUUAAUUAUUAAAAUUAUAUUAUUUCAGUGUUUGACCCUCCUCUCCCCACCACAGUUUAAUGUUUUUUGGUCAGUCAUAAGUUUUUUAAAUGUUUCCAAUAUUUUAUUAAAGUAUUGAAUCCUCAUAAGUUAAUUAAAAACAUUUAAAAGAAACAUAUGAUUAAAAUUCUUUCAGUAGUCUCUGAAGAAAAUAAGCACUCGGAUAUAAAUUCAUACGCACCUAAUAAGAAAAUAGUAUUUCUGAAUCUGAAAUGAGGGGUGAAAUUUUUUAACCUGGAAAAUAUUUCUUCCUCUUCUUCUUUAAAUUUCUUUAAAUCUCUGGAAAUUUAAGAUGGUCAAACUGUCUCAUUUAGAUUUUGAAGAAGUCUCCAGGUUUACCUUUGAUAGCUUAAUUAGGUGGCAUAGUGUUAUCCUCUCCUUUCGAUAAGUUUUUUUUGUCCUCUAAAUUUCAGUGUUCGAUAUUGAAUCUUCUUUUGUCUCCUCUUGGCUCUAUUUUAUCUUUUAUCCCACUAUCUCUUUGAAUUUUUGGUUUUCUUUAAGUAUUUAAUGCUUUUCAGCUAUUGCAUACAAACACAUCAAUAUGUGCGACUUCUGUAGAGUCCAAUGAGAAUUACAAAAUUCGAAUCAGCAUAAUGAUGUAAUCCUUUUAAUGCUAGGUACUUUUGCUCUCCUUUCUACGUACUAUCUUGAAGAACAUCCUAUAUUGCUUAUCAAUUACCUUCCUGUUGCCUGUAUUACCCCUACAACAUAUUAGGACAGAAAAAUUUUUUCCAUUUUUGACUUGUCUACAAAAAUUUUCCCCUCUCUCAGGACGUUUCACAUCUCUUUGGAUCAAAGUUGUAACCAAUUCGGAGAGAUUGUGAAUCUUUACAAUGCAGGCUACUCACCGUUUAGCCUCCUGGAUAAAUCUUGUUGAAGAGAAUAAAAUCUUUAUUUUAACCAAA